GGAGGAGCAGCUGAUACAGUGGGAUGGGCCGAGCAGGCGGCGGUGGUGCUGCGGCGAAGCCACUGAGGAAGCCCGGCGGAUAGCGUACGUGGCGGCGCCGAUGGUGGGCGUGUUGAUGUCGCAAUUCCUGGUUCAGGUGUCCUCCACCAUGGUGGUCGGCCACCUCGGCGAGCUCAACCUCGCCGCCGCCGCCAUCGCCUUCUCACUCGCCAACGUCUCGGGCUUCAGCGUCCUUGUAAGUCCUCUUCCUUCCGGCUCUGGUUGCGCAGGGCAAGUUCACCCCCUAGAUGAUGUGAGCAGUGGAAACACCCCACCCAAUCCGUGCUUCUCGGUGCUCCCCUUCCGCUCUUGGUUGGUCUCACCGUCGGCGUCAAUAAGUUCUGUCACUCAGUUGGAAUGGCCAGUGGUCUGGAGACUCUUUGUGGACAAGCCUACGGAGCAAAACAGUAUCAUUCAUUAGGUGUCUAUACCUACAGAGCCAUAUUUUCUCUUCUAAUGGUAUGCCUCCCUAUCUCCCUUGUAUGGGCCUCAAUGGGGAAGCUUCUCCAAUUAGUAGGACAAGACCCUGCCAUAUCUCAAGAAGCUGAGCGAUAUGCUAUAUGGAUGAUACCUGGCCUCUUCGCCUACGCGAUCACUCAACCCCUAAUGAAGUUCCUUCAAUCUCAAAGUCUUAUUUUUCCUAUGCUCCUUAGCUCAGUUUCAACACUGUGCCUUCAUGUUCUUUUUUGUUGGCUUUUGGUGUACAAGUCAAGCUUAUAUAACGUUGGUGCUGCUGUUUCACUAAGUAUAUCAUAUUGGUUGAAUGUACUUAUACUGAUUCUAUACAUAAGGUACUCAGAUUCCUGCAGAUUAACUCGUUCUCCGAUCACAAAGGAGGCAUUUAAAGGCAUUUACGAGUUCUUACGAGUAGCGGUACCAUCAGCAUUGAUGCUAUGCCUUGAAUGGUGGUCUUAUGAACUGCUUAUCUUGCUCUCUGGUCUCUUGCCUUAUCCAAAGCUCGAAACUUCUGUCCUCUCAAUUUGCCUCAACAGUGUUGCACUACUAUAUUCCAUACCAUAUGGGCUUGGUUCUGCAGCAAGCACUCGAGUCUCGAAUGAAUUAGGAGCAUCGAAUCCUAAUGGUGCUAAGUUUGCUGCCCUUGUGUCAAUGUUACUUGCUGUUUUGGAGGCGGUUCUUGUGCUUGCAACUCUCUUAGCCCUGCGCAGAGUGUUGGGUUAUGCAUACAGCAAUGAGGAAGAGGUCGUUAACUAUGUCUAUGAGAUGGUUCCUCUGGUGUGCCUCACAGUAGUCUCAGACAGCAUAUCAGGGAUUCUCUCAGGGGUUGCUAGAGGCAGUGGAUGGCAGCAUUUGGGUGCUUAUGUGAACCUUGGAGCAUUCUAUUUGGUCGGGAUUCCGGUUGCUAUUUUACUUGGUUUUGCAUUGCAUUUGAGAGGGAAAGGCCUUUGGGUGGGCAUUAUGUGUGGCUCCAUAACACAGUCGAUACUUCUUGCGGUGAUAACAAGUUUCACAAAUUGGGAACACCAAGUAAAGUUAGCAAGGGAGCGAGUAUUACAUGAAGAUUACCUUUAGAUAAUGAAUUGAAAUAAAGCGGCCAUCAUCAGUUUCCUUAUAUCAAAAUUUCUACCUCUCGUCCUUCAAAAAAAACAAAGAAAUUAUUUUUCUAAUAUUUCAUAAGAUGAAAGCAUAAAACUAGUGUUUGGUUGAUAUGAAUUAUUAUGGGGGUUAGUUGCUCGCUAUGAUAUGGCUCAUUUUGGGAGAA